GCCGUCCACGCCGCCGUGUUCCACCUGCUCCCAGGCCCACACCCUCCCGCCGGAGCAGAACCCCAACUACAGGUGCAACACAUCCCUCUUGAUAGACUAUUGCGACAACGAUGGCACACAUAAGUACAUUCUAAUUGAUGUCGGCAAGACCUUUAGAGAACAAGUUCUCCGGUGGUUUGUUCACCACAAAGUUCCUUCCAUUAACUCGAUUAUUCUGACUCAUGAGCAUGCGGAUGCCGUCUUAGGUCUUGAUGAUGUUUGGCUGGUACACCCAAGCAACCAUAAAAAUGAGAUCGAUCAAGUUCCGGUUUUCCUCACACAAUUCACAAUGGAAAGGUAUUACAGUGUUGCAGCAAGAUUCCCAUACUUGGUGGAACAGAAGGUGCAGGAAGGCGAUGAAGUGGCCAGAGUCGCUCAACUAGACUGGACGAUAAUAGAGUGUGACGUUGACAAACCAUUUAUAUCAUCGGGGCUACAGUUUGUGCCCUUGCCAGUCAUGCACGGAGAGGAUUAUGUUUGUUUAGGCUUCCUAUUUGGGAGGAAAGCCAGAGUUGCAUAUUUGUCUGAUGUCUCCAGAAUUCUCCCUAGAACUGAGCACACAAUUUCAAAGUAUGGCGCUGGACAACUUGACCUUCUUAUACUAGAAACAAACCGGUUACAUGGGGUGGGGCAUGCUCGCAGUAGCCAUCUUACAUUUACUGAGACUCUUGAUACUAUCAAGAGGAUAUGCCCGAAGAGAGCUCUUCUGAUUGGAAUGAACCAUGAGUUCGAACAUCACAGAGAAAACCACGUUCUGGAAGAAUGGUCGGGCAGAGAAGGAAUACCAGUACAACUAGCCCAUGAUGGCCUGCGAAUCUGCAUUGAUCUGUAAUAAGGGACAUACUUUUUCACUCUGGAGCGCCCUCGAAUAAUUUUGAGAAUGCUUUUACAUUCGGGGAGCAUACUUUUUCACUCUGGAACACCCUUGAAUUAUGUAUGGAUUUUCUUAUAUCAAAUGAAAUAUAGCUCUACCCUUAUUUCAA